AUGCUCGCCGUCAGUAGUUUUGCAACGUUUGCUGGGUUUUGGCAUGUCUUGCUGGUCAGCUUCAAGUUGAGCCACAGGCCGAACUCUACAACAAGACUACAACUCAGAUCGCUUAUCAAUUCUGCUAUCUUUUGGUCACUGAUCGGUGCCAUAUUAAGUAUUGUAUGGGCAGCACUGACAACAUGCGAGAGUCAAUACAAUGUAUUCAUUGUCUCUCUAUUCUUUGGUGUACUCUUCGGUGCCAUUACUGGAGUAUUAGGUCCACGAAUCUUGGUUGAUUCAUUUUUCCUACACCAAAAAGAAAGAGCUUCACUGUUUUUCAUUGUGGCAGGACCAACAUCAUCGGCUCUCAUUUCUGCAAAGUCGGUAUGGAUGAAUGCGUAUCGAUGGACGACAGGAUUAGUUGGUUUGGCUGUCAUUUUGGUAUUUCUAUUUCUACAUGAAACCUCUUGGGAUAGAACGCCUGGAGCCGUUAAUCCUGAUCCACCAUCGUCUUUUAUUGUAAACAGGAUUGCAACAUUUCUUCCUGGUACCAAAGUCACACCAAGGACAUCUUUCUCGCAGACUCUCAAAAUCGCAAGAAUUCCAUUUCUUAUUGCCAUCUCCCCAGUUUGUCUAGUCCUCAGUAUCUUCACAUUAACCAACUUUGGCUUCUACGUCGCCAUGAAUUCGCUUUCUCCAACAUUUCUUUAA